AUGCAACGAUUCGUUUUUUCCCAUCGGCCAUCCUUCUUAUUGAAGAAGAGCGUGGUUAAUGGAAAUACCAGCAUCAGUUCAUUCCGAAAUACAUGUGGAAGAGUAAUACCAACAACUACAACAACAGAGCGUUCUUUUUCUACAUCCAUUCUUUGCCAGGGAAAGAGUUUUGAAAAAUUAUUAUCAUCGAUCGAAAAGGACUCGGGAAUGAAAAAGUCUUCAAAGAAACAUCAACGUAGUACCAAAAUUGAAGAAUCCAAAACCUCGUCUAAAGGAGAGCUGAAGCAGGCAACAUCUAAAAAACAAGACAGCCAAUCAGAACCAACAACUCCCGUAGAGAUUGAACGAAAAAAACAAACAACACAUUACAAACAGCAAGAAUUGGAAGCUCCAUCAAAAACUGCCAAAAAAUCAUCUGAGCCAACAUUCAAAAUUAUUGACAAAUCACAAAAACGGAAUGAAAUUAAUGAUGAAUCUCUGACAGCUCCGAUAGCAGAUUAUACAGCAUCUAAAUUACACAACAAAGAACUUACCUCAAAACUUCAAAAAGUUGUAAAUACUGAAGAUGACGUAGAGAGCGUUAUUGAAUGGGGAAAGAAGCAUGAUCUUAGAUUGAACUAUGACCAACUGUUAACUCCAACAACAUCCAAAACUCAAGAAGAAAUAGAAAAGGCCAGACAACGUCUCAAGAAAUCAUAUGAAGAAUAUGUACAAAACGUAUCCAUACAAGAAGAGGAAAACAAAAUUGAAGAUGAACAAUCUUUGAAACUCUACAGUGAACAAAUUACUAAUGAUGUACCUAAGGGGUUUGAAGUAUUUGACAGUAGUCAAUUAUCAACAAAACCUCACAAAAAAACUGAUAUGGAGAAACUAGCAAAACAAUUAGCAAGCAUGAGAAAGAAAAUUUCUCCUGAAGAAGCAAUGAAAAGACAACUCGUUGGAAAAUCUCAACAUUUUACGGAAUCUCUUAGAGAAGAAAAGAAACAAACAGAUUCACCGACCACAUCUGCACCAACAACCACGGUAUUAAAUUUAACAGACGAGCAGUACAAUAAUGCCAUGAAUUCUCUACAAGAAUUUACCAAUGGUUGGAAAGAAAAAGGAUAUGACCCUGUCCUUCAAAACAAUUUUGGACGAAAGAUAUUGAUUUUGUAUCCAACCAGUAAAAAGAAGCAACAAAAAAAGCAACUAAAGGAAGCACAACAAGCAUCAAAUGAUAAGAAACUGCACGACUUGUUAGAUGAGGUUUCAAUGGAUGAAGAACAAACGAAUACUUUUGAAAAAACGAUGAGUCAAAAACUGGUGGAUGUCAAGCAGUACUUUUCACAGUAUGGGUAUGACAUUUCAGAUUUAAAAUCACUUCUCAAAACUGACUCAAAGAAACAAACUCAAGAGAAAACAAAAUCUAUGGAACCUACAAGAUAUUCUGAAGAGAUUCAAAGAGAAAUUGAAAACCAUGUCACAGAUGAUGGACUUGAUUCAUCCAUACUCUUGGACGAGUAUCUUGGUGAUGAUGAUCCCAAUCAAGUAUUUCAAACUGUGGAUCAGAAAAAUUUACUCGUGUCUGAAUACGAAGAACAAACACAACAUUCCAUGUUUUCUCCUGAUAUUCAACCCUAUUUGAAAAGAAGUUCAAAAGAAAAUGAAGAACGACUUCGACAAGAAAUUGCCAAUAUGAGCAUUGGUUCCAUUCAAUUACCUCGAUCAUUAGUGGAGGGUGUUACAGAAAUCAUUUCAGAAUAUCCUAAAAAUCUCAUUCAACGAACUGCUGAAUUAUUAAGUGCUGCUUUCAGAAUUAGAACUAGUGGAUUUGAAAAAAACGCAAGUUCUUCAACAUUUUCCAAACUUGAUGAAGAGAAGAAGCUUAACAAGCCCAAUCACCAAGACGAACUAUUUAAAGAACAAUUGGACAUUCUCAAAAAAUUGAGAAGUUUCCAAAGAACUUCAAAGAAAAAAAAGAGACCUAUUGAUAUUGAAAUGAUGAAGAAAGAAAGCGAAGCAGAAAUGAAUCGAUCGUAUAAUCCACAAAUUAUUUAUAAGGAAUUAGAAGCUGCUGCCUACAUUGCACACAGACUUCCUGCCAUCUAUGGUACUUCUUAUCGAGUCUUCUCAGAAUCUGUUAUGAGAAUGCCAGAUUUUGAACCAAAAACUAUGUUAGACUUUGGAACAGGUCCAGGUACAACUAUUUGGGCUGCCAUGGAAGCUUUUGGAAGUCUUAAAGAGGUGAUGGCUGUUGAACCUUCAACAGCAAUGAUGGAUGUAGCUACUCGCUUAUUUGAUUAUAUGGAAGAAAAACCACAAAUUACAUGGAGACGUUUCUUGAACGAAAAUUCAUCGAAACAAUACGAUCUAGUCGUUGCUUCAUUUGUUUUGAAUGAACUUGCGAAUGCACAAGAAAGAGAACGAAUUGUUAAAGCCCUUUGGAAAGCAACAUCGGGUUUAUUGGUCAUUAUUGAACCUGGAACACCUGUAGGAUUUAAUUUUAUACGAGAAGCUCGAUCCACAGUAUUGUCACAAAAGAGUCAUGAAAACGACAAGCCCAUAAUUUUAGCUCCAUGUCCGCAUGAUUCUGUAUGUCCAAUGAGUGGCACUCCAAAAUGGUGUCACUUUGCCCAGAGAAUUGACAGAGAAGCUUUCCAAAAACUUACAAAACAAGCAAAAAAACAUUAUGAAAAUGAGAAUUAUUCGUUUAUUGCCAUUAAGAGAGAGAGCCUCAAAGGAUUUGAGUAUAGUGAGCAAGUUGAAAAAGAAGAAGAAGAAGCAAUGAGAGCCAAACAAAUUGAAGAACAAUUGCCCGACAGCGUGGUGACUAAGGAAAUAUCUCUUAGAAGAGAAUUAAGAUCUUAUUCUCGAGAAUUUUCACAACAGUCGUUCCGAUGGCCACGCAUCAUUGACACACCUCUGAAGAGAGGAGGACAUGCCAUUACAUCCAUGUGUCUUCCGGAGGGUACUCUUUCAAAGAUUGUGAUUAGCAAAGCAGAUAGUAGAAAGGGUUACAAGUAUUUAAGAAAGUGUCUGAAAGGUGACUUGUAUCCAUACCCACUCCGAGCUCGUAGUUUGAAAAAGAAUACUGAACUGGAAAAGUAUUUCCAAGAGGAUGAACCAUAG